CACCCCAAUAGUGUGCAAGGCGAAACGAAUAUGGGCAGAACUCCGUCGUUCGUCGUCGUACUGGUUUGUGUGUUGUUCUUGUCGUUGGCCAAUGCGCCGGAGUUAGCUCAGGCCUCGAAUUCAGCUUCGGCUUUCGUACGGAACAUCGUAUUCUCAAACAGGUUCGUCAUCUUCUCCAAAUCCUACUGUCCGUAUUGUUUAAGUGCUAAGCGCCUAUUUGGUGAACUGCAUGAGGAACCAUAUGUUGUGGAGGUUGACCUUAGAGAUGAUGGGUCUCAAAUUCAGUAUGUUCUUCUGGAUCUGGUGGGCAUACGCACUGCCUCCCAAAUUUUUGUGAAUGGCAAACAUAUCGGUGGCUCUGAUGAUCUUAGGGCUGCAGCUGCGAGUGGUAAGUUGGAAAAACUUUUGGCCGCAAGUUGAUUGGAUGCCGGAAAGUUGAGGAAAUAUGGUUGUCUGACCUGAAGCUGCCUAUGUAACACUUCUUGUUACCGGCACUGUAAAAUUCAAGUGACCUUAUACCUUUGUGGCCUUUUGAUAAAGCGAACCAUGCUGAUGUACCGUUGGCAUGUGAUAGUUACUUAUUGGUGUGAGUUAGACGUUAAAUAAAAUAGAGCUGUGUACUUUCCAGUGAUA